UUCUCCUGUUUCUACUCAUCUGCGAUUCCUCCUCCAAUCUUCGCACUUAACUCUCUUUCAGCCAGAAGCCACGGGCUCAAUUGGUCGUCUUCUUUUCUCCUCGAAUCUCUCCGUGGGAGCUUCUCAAAGACCACUCUCCUCCAGUGUCUUCCUGUCCGUUCAUCUAACUGAACAUCUCUGCCUCGCGCUCCCCCUCAGAAACUCACAAUGGCCAACUCUCCCCACGGCGGCGUCCUCAAGGACCUCUUCGCGCGCGAUGCGCCGCGCCAUUCCGAGCUCCUCGCUGAGGCCGACAAGCUCCCUUCUCUCGUCCUGACCGAGCGCCACCUUUGCGAUCUCGAGCUGAUCCUCAACGGCGGUUUCUCUCCCCUUGAAGGCUUCAUGACCGAGAAGGACUACAAUGGCGUUGUCAAGAACAACCGCCUCGCUGAUGGCAACCUCUUCUCCAUGCCCAUCACUCUUGAUGUGUCCCAGAAGAGCAUUGACGAGCUCUCCAUCAAGCCCGGUGCCCGUAUCACCCUGCGCGAUCUGAGAGACGACCGCAACUUGGCCAUCCUUACUGUCGAGGAUGUCUACAAGCCCGACAGAACCGUUGAGGCCAUCGAGGUUUUCGGCAGCGACGAUGACACCCACCCCGGUGUCAAGCAUCUCUUCAACAACACCAACGACUUCUACGUCGGUGGUAAGCUCGAGGCCAUCCAGCGCCUUGCCCACUACGACUUCUUGGACCUCAGAUACACUCCUGCCGAGUUGAGACUGCACUUUGAGAAGCUCGGCUGGAACAAGGUUGUCGCUUUCCAGACCCGCAACCCCAUGCACCGCGCUCACAGAGAGCUCACGGUCCGCGCCGCCCGAUCUCAACAAGCCAAUGUCCUCAUCCACCCCGUCGUCGGCCUGACCAAGCCCGGUGACAUCGACCACUUCACCCGUGUCCGAGUCUACAAGGCCCUCCUCCCCAGAUACCCCAACGGUAUGGCCGCCCUGGCCCUGCUGCCCCUGGCCAUGCGCAUGGGUGGUCCUCGCGAGGCCAUUUGGCACGCCAUCAUCCGCAAGAACCACGGCGCGACCCACUUCAUUGUCGGCCGUGACCACGCCGGCCCUGGUAAGAACAAGAACGGCAAGGACCACUACGGCCCGUACGACGCGCAGGUCGCCGUCCAGAAGUACUCUGACGAGCUCGGCAUUACCAUGGUCGAGUUCCAGGAGAUGAUCUACAUCCCCGACCGCGACGAGUACCAGCCCGCCAACGAGAUCGCCCCCGGCACCCACACGGCCAACAUCUCGGGCACCGAGCUGCGCAACCGCCUCAAGACGGGCAAGGAGAUCCCCGCCUGGUUCUCAUACCCCGAGGUCGUCAAGGUCCUGCGCGAGCAGAACCCCCUGCCGGCCCAGAAGGGUUUCACUAUCUUCCUCACCGGCUACCAGAACAGCGGAAAGGACCAGAUCGCCAAGGCGCUCCAAGUCACGCUCAACCAGGGCGGCGGCCGCUCCGUCUCCUUGCUCCUUGGUGAGACGGUCCGCCAUGAGCUGUCCUCUGAGCUCGGCUUCAGCCGCGAAGACCGCGACAAGAACGUCGCGCGCAUUGCCUUUGUCGCGUCCGAAUUGACGCGUGCCGGCGCCGCCGUCAUCGCGGCCCCCAUCGCUCCCUAUGACGAUGCCCGCAAGCAAGCGCGCGAGCUCGUCGAGAAGUCGGGUCCCUUCUUCCUCGUCCAUGUCGCCACCCCUCUCGAGUAUGCCGAGAAGACGGACAAGCGCGGCAUCUACCAGAAGGCGCGCGCUGGCGAGAUCAAGGGCUUCACCGGCGUCGACGACCCCUACGAGGCGCCCGCCAAGGCCGACCUUGUCGUCAAUGUCGAGAAGCAGACGGUCCGCUCCAUUGUCCACCAGAUCGUGCUGCUCCUUGAGAGCCAGGGUCUCCUGGACCGUUUGUAAACGACCUGCGAGAUGGAGAGAGCGAGAAGCGAGUUCACGAAAUUAUUUUAUGCGCCAUUCAGCGGUAGUAGAUAUCAAGGACGGAUUUACACAGCGGAGUUGUUCAAAGACAAACCUGGGAUAAAAAGCUGUUGAUGAGAAAUUUUUUUUUACGAAGACUUAUGGAUGGAAACACGGCAUCUCAUGCAUCGAGUUGCGGGGGCGCGGGGUCUGUGGUCUGGAUAGCAUAGGUAGUUUGUCCCCCCUGCGUGGCUGCCCCUGCGUGGCUGGCUGGCUACUGGAACCGAACAGCAUUUUUCAAUGACGAUUCGGUUGUAAGAGCAACGAAACGAGUUUGUCGGAAGGCGCCGUUGUGAAUUC